GCUCAACUAACUGCUCCGCUUGUAGCGAUAUCUGCGUUUUUGGAAGAAACUCCUCGAGCCUGUGAUGGUCUAACUAUGCAAGAAGGCAAAUGUACAGUAACCAAAUUCACAGAAAAUCUUUUACUAUAUGCGCGACAGCCUCCAAUGUGGAUUCAUGGUGUUCAACUACCUACUGCCACAAUUGAGAAAAGCGGGGAUAUUACAACAUCUUCCUCCAUCCCUUCAAUAUUUUCGAUUAAAGAUAGUGCAGUGUUUACCGUAGAUCCAGUCAAAGAGGAAAUUUACUACUAUGAUGAUGCACAGCAUGCUAUAUAUAAGAGAUCUAUACAUGGCGGGAAUAGCACUUUGAUAACUAAAAAAGGAGUUCAUCACAUCACUUGUAUGGCUUAUGAUUCGUCUUCCGGCAAUUUGUACUACGGUACAAGACCGAACGUGGAGCCGGCAGGUAUUACCGUAUUCCGCCCAAAUGCUCCUGAUCUAAGAGCACAGCUUGUAAAAGCCGUUGGAGGAGUACAUUACAUUUUUGUAGAUUCGACUUCAAGAUACCUCUUCUACUCGAGUACAACCCAACUUCGACAGCACAACAUAGUGAGAGCAAGGCUUGGAGGAAGUUUUCUUGAUCCUACGAUUCUCGUUAGCUUCUUCUCCUUCAACCCACUGGUUAUGACAGUUGACGUGGCUAUGCGCAAGAUUUAUUGGCUAGAUCCAUUCCAAUACUCUUUGUAUAGAGUCGAUUUUGCUGGAGGCGAUAAAGAGAAAAUCCCAAUUUCCGUACGCUCUUUACACUCCAUUGCUGCCUUUUCUGGUCAAAUCAUCUGGGCUGAUGAUUCUGGUGUAAAACGUGCAAUUUCCAAGGGCGAAGAUGAUUUUGAUAUAGAAUCUAUUGAUUCACUGCCAAUUACAGCUCAAUUGUAUAUUUUGGGAGAUAAAUCCACCUGUAAGUAUGCAGUUGUUUGUCCAUUUUAUACUUUGUAG